AUGUCCGAGCCGCGCUCUGGGCCGGUGUCGUUGACACGAUAUCGGCCCAUUCUUUACCUUUUCACCGGCGUCGCUGCCGCAUAUGCGGUCAUCUACAUUCGCAACAGCGUCACAUCCUCGCGCCCUCCCCGGCCGAGUACAGUGCGCCGCCGAAAUGCCAUGCGCCGGACCAGAGGACGAAGCGACGAGAGACCUAGACUCGAAGAUACACCGUCGUACCGCGCAAUCUCUCAUCUCGAGCUUUUGGAGCGCGAAAACGGCGUCUAUGGAACAUUUCGAAUCGAGACAGAGGAUGGAAGACGGGUGGAAAGCGGGCUCCUCCCUUCACUGCUAUCGACUCGUGACCAGUUGAUGGAAGAGGUUGGUGUUCUCCCAGCCCAUGCGGAGCGCAUGCGCGAGAUGAUGGAGGACACCUUUCUGAGGUCUUUCCUGGCGCUCGAUUUCCCACCGACACAUACUUUGCCCGAGGGCAGUCGUGAACGAGCGUAUCUUACGGCACAGCUGGAACAGAGAGGAAUCUCAGCGAGCGGGAUUGAGCGGGCACUGGCGCGUUUCAACGCGGACGACAAUUACGGCGAGGAGCUCCGUCGGCGCCGUCAGAACGGGGACCGUGUGACAUUGUCAACUUCGACGUUUCCCCUUGCGAAUGAGACAGAUCAGAACCAGGAAGGCGGGGAGACGGUCGUUGAUGAUCAGAGUGUAUUUUCCUGGAGGGGGGGCAACCACGAAGCGUCUCCUACGCGGGAGGGCCAGAAUCUGUUGAAUCUGCUCUAUCAUAUCGCGGAAGACCAAGCCCGGCGAGAUGGGUACAUUCACCGUGGAGUGACCUGCAACAGUUGCGGGGCCAUGCCUAUUCAGGGAAUACGCUAUCGCUGUGCCAAUUGCAUUGACUAUGAUCUUUGCGAGACAUGCGAAGCCAUGCAAGUUCACGUCAAAACACAUCUUUUCUACAAAGUCCGCAUCCCGGCUCCAUUCCUGGGCAAUCCUCGUCAAUCGCAGCCAGUCUGGUACCCCGGAAAACCGCUGAGUAUGCCACGAAGUCUGCCACGGCCACUCGCCAAGCGACUGAUACGAGAAACUCAAUUUGAAAAUACUGAGAUCGAUGCUCUCUGGGACCAAUUCCGCUGUUUGGCAAGCCAUGAAUGGGCAGACGAUCCAAACAAAAUCUAUAUGGCUAUUGAUCGCAAAACAUUUGACCGGUGCUUCGUUCCCAAUACCUCUGUACGCCCACCUCCUCCGAGCCUUAUCUAUGAUCGCAUGUUUGCAUUCUACGAUACCAACGGGGACAACCUCAUCGGAUUCGAGGAAUUCUUGAAGGGCCUCGCUAGUCUCAACAACAAGAGCACUGAUGAACGACUGCGUCGUGUCUUCCGUGGUUAUGACAUUGAUGGCGACGGAUAUGUUGAGAGGAAAGACUUUCUCAGAAUGUUCCGAGCCUACUAUACGCUGAGUCGGGAGUUGACCCGGGACAUGGUUGCAGGGCUUGAGGAUGACUUUUUAGAUGGUGGUGCGCGGGAUGUAAUCCUUGGCAGCCAGCCUAUCAGCUCUGCUUUCCCUGGCACUAUUCCUGCGGGUGAAGCCUCAAGGGUUGGCGAAGGCAAGCGGGUGAACGCGGACGGAGACAUGGAGAUCGUUGACAACAGUGGCAUCACUCGUCCGGACAGCGCUGACAUUGGCGAUCGAUAUUCGGUAAUCGGUGACGCCUCUGUUCGACAGCAAUUUGGUCGCACAAGACCGUUGUUCCCAUCCGGUGUGCGGCUGCCAAAUAUCGUGGUUGAGCCCCGGCAGCACGAUGACACCGAGGGUGGCGAGGUUGGAGAGAACAAUGACCCAGAAGGAGAAAGACGAGAAGAGGCUCUUCAGGCCGGUGAGUUGAACGAUGAAGUCGUAUGGCCGCGAUUGUCCUCAGUCCAGCCAGAGGACAUUGUAAAUAUUAUCGGAAGGUACGUGCCCCCGGAGAUCACCAACCCAACCAGAGCACGCCUUGUGACGAUCAUUUUUGACAGGUUCCGAGAUAGCGAAGAAAGACGUUUCGAAGAAGCGCGUCGUAACGGGAUUGACGAGCGUUGGCGUCGGAGGGCGUUCUACACCGAUGAAGAAGACGGUGCUACGAUCCCUGACGGCUACCGCAGAGAUCCCGCGUUUGAUGAUUACGAUGAUGAUGCGAGCGACGGCACGUCUGUUGACGAUCCGGCCGCUCAUGAAUCACAUCCUCCGUCUCCUCGUUCAAGGUCCUCUUCCAAGGUACGAUUUGAGGAUGAAAUACCCGACGAUUACGAUGUUCGAUCCAAUCCCUCGACAUCGUCUCGUAGCAUUCCUGUGGGUGAGAGAUGGGGUGGCUUCGAAAUCCCGGAUGUUGAAAGAGAUGUCGGCAAAGAGUACCUCUAUCAAGUGACACAGCAAGGCUUCAAUGAGCUUCUCGACAUUCUUUUCAAGGAAAAAGAAGACUUGAUGAUGGAGGUAUAUCGCACGCGCGCUGACCGGAAGACCUGGGCACAUGAAAUCGAGCAGUAUGAAAGCGUUGCUCAGAAACCCCCACCCAAAGGGGCAGAAGCUCUCUUCCCAAAGAAUGAAGAACACUUGCAUGAGAUGACCCAAGAGCGUUCGCUAGAUGAUCUUCUCAGUCGUGCCGGCUACUCUGUCUCCAGCCCGACCUUGGAGCCGGCUGAUGCUCAACCCGUAUUGGCUCCCACAUUGUCACCCCGCGCGAUAACUUCAGGCAGUGGUGUACCAUCAGUAUCUGCGUUCAAUUCUCAUGUCAGUCGUGGCCCUGAGGUGUAUACUCCUCUUGGACGACUUGAGGGCAUUGAUGGCGGCCACGAUGAGGACGAUUGGACAGACUCAGUGACCAGUUCCAUCGGGGAAGUAGACCAAAUGAGUAUGUCUGAUCAUGUCACUUUCGAGGAGUCAACCGACAUGGCGCCUGAGGACGUCUCCGAGCCAUCAUUCGCUUACGAUCCAACUCUCCCGCAAUUCCGCCCCGAGGCAGACAGCUUUGAUGAACCUGCUGCAGUGAUCGUCGACCGCAGUGUUGGUGGGAUCGAUUCCCACCGUCUCCCGAGUCAACUUGUGCUCCUACCAGAAAGCACCAUCUCCCUCCCUGCCCCAUCUUCUCCCCAUCUAUCCUCGACAGACGCCGAGGAAACCGCACCAAAGCUUUCUCCCUCGCCCAUGCAGCCACUCCCUCCACCAUCAGCUUCUUUCACCCCGACCCAAGAGAGCUCUGUCCCACAAAGACCGGGGCCUCGGACUCUCGCCCGAUGGGCGUAUUUCAAUCGCCUUGAGCGCGAAGCCAAGGAGCGUGGUGGCAGUGGCGCCAAGCUCAGCUUCGAAGAAUUCAGUAAACGUAUGAUGAACGACAAAGGUCGUCGUCUGGCGUUUGUCGCCUCGUGGAUCGAGAUGGCCAGUUUUUAA